AUGACAGCCGACAAGCGCGGUCCCCGCAUCCACCGGAUGACACUGUUCAAGAUUCCGGAUGAGACGAAUCAGAAGAGGUUGUUGGAUGCGUAUCAUGUUGUUGCGGAGGAACAGAAGAAGCUCGCCUCCCAAAAGGACGGCAAGCCCUACAUUCUGCAACUGACGGCCGGCAAGACCCUUCCCGACCAAAAGGCCCGCGACUACACGGUCGCCUCGUACAUCGAGUUCGCAUCCAUGGACGACAUGCGCUACUACGACAACGAGUGUCUCGCCCAUGCUAUGCUGAAGGAGAUUGGCCCCAGCUUGAACUUGUCGGAGCCGCCCACUAUCUUGUGUUUUGAGAAGAGCAAUCUAGCGGCUGCGCAGUCGGAGCCGUAGAGGAGUUCAAGUUCUGGUUUCUGGUUUGGGAGGGUUGAGGCAGGGAUUAUGGGAGGGGAAGGGGAAGGGGAAGGGUCGGGUUACCGAGGUUGAUGUCUGAGCUAGAAAUAUUUGUU